CUCUGACCCACGUCGCCCUGGGGGAACAUAGGUCUCCUCUCUUGAGGUUCUCUGUGCUGCAGCCUCCCAGCCAUGGCCAUGUGUGAACAGAGUAUUUGCCAAGCUCGGGCUUCCGUGAUGGUCUACGAUGACACCAGUAAGAAAUGGGUACCAAUCAAGCCUGGACAGCAGGGAUUCAGCCGGAUCAACAUCUACCACAACACUGCCUGCAAUGCCUUCAGAGUCGUUGGAGUCAAGCUACAGGAUCAGCAGGUUGUGAUCAAUUAUUCAAUAGUGAAAGGGCUGAAGUACAAUCAGGCAACACCAACCUUCCACCAGUGGCGAGACGCCCGCCAGGUCUACGGCUUAAACUUUGCCAGUAAGGAAGAGGCGACCACGUUCUCCAAUGCAAUGCUGUUUGCCCUGAACAUCAUGAACUCCCAAGAAGGAGGUCCCUCUGCCCAGCGUCAGGUACAGAAUGGCCCCUCUCCUGAGGAAAUGGACAUCCAGAGAAGACAAGUGAUGGAGCAGCAGCAGCAUCGCCAGGAGUCUCUGGAGAGAAGGACCUCGACCACAGGGCCCAUCCUCCCACCUGGACACCCCUCCUCCGCAGCCGGCGCCCCCCUCUCAUGUAGUGGGCCUCCACCCCCACCCCCUCCUCCUGUCCCCCCUCCACCCACGGGUGCCACCCCCCCACCGCCGCCCCCACUGCCAGCCGGAGGAGCUCAGGGCACCAGCCAUGAUGAGAGCUCCGUGUCGGGCCUGGCUGCUGCCCUGGCAGGGGCAAAGCUGAGGAGAGUGCAGCGGCCGGAAGAUGCUUCGGGAGGCUCCAGUCCCAGCGGGACCUCGAAGUCCGAUGCCAACCGGGCAAGCAGUGGGGGCGGCAGUGGAGGCCUCAUGGAGGAGAUGAACAAGCUGCUGGCCAAGAGGAGAAAAGCAGCCUCACAGACAGACAAGCCGGCUGAGAAAAGGGAAGAUGAAAGCCAAACGGAAGAUCCUAGUACCUCCCCAUCCCCAGGGACCCGAGCUGCCAGCCAGCCCCCUAACUCCACAGAGGCCAGCCGGAAGCCCUGGGAGCGCAGUAACUCGGUGGAGAAGCCUGUGUCCUCCCUGUUGUCCAGAACCCCGUCUGUGGCAAAGAGCCCCGAAGCUAAGAGCCCCCUUCAGUCGCAGCCUCACUCUAGAGUGAAGCCUGCCGGGAGCUUGAGCGACAUGGCCCUGGAUGCCUUUGACCUGGACCGGAUGAAACAGGAGAUCCUGGAGGAGGUGGUGCGCGAGCUGCACAAGGUGAAGGAGGAGAUCAUCGACGCCAUCAGGCAGGAGCUGAGCGGGGUCAGCACCACGUAGAUGGCCCGGCCACGGAGGACGGCAGGCACCCGCAGCCCCAGCCCAGCCCACACCGAGCCCGAGGAGCCCACGCGUCGGUCGCCACCGAGGCCUCUGCCUGGGCUCGGAUGUCAAGAUGAGGACACAGUCAACUCCUGGAGUUUUUUAGAUUCUACCCAACACAACACCGGGCCCACUCUUUUUUUGUAUUUUAUAUUUGCUUAUUUAAGUGUACAUUUCUUUGGGUUUCUAGAGGACACCCCAGAUCACCUGCUUCAUUAGAUGGUUUCCGAGUUCUCUCCUAGGUGACACUGCCGGCGCCUUCCGGCAGCGGGGUGCCAGGCGAAGCGUGGCAUUUCCGCGCAGCUGUCCCGCUGACCAUGGUGUUAACAGUCUGUCCAUGCACCACGUGUUGUCCACACCGUAAUAAACCGUUUACUGUCCA